GCUUCAGGGACCCCUCUGGGAGAGCCCCAUGAGGGCAGGAGAGUGAUGGAGAGUACGCCCAGCUUCCUGAAGAACACCCCAGCCUGGGAGAAGACUGCCCCUGAGAACGGCAUUGUGGCACAGGAGCCGGGCACCCCGCCUCGAGAUGGCCUGCGCCAUGGGUCACUGUGCCUGGGAGAGCCUGCUCCCUUCUGGAGGGGCAUCCCGAGCACCCUAGACGCCUGGCUUCCCUCUGGCUUGCCCCAGGGCCCCAAGGACACGCUCCCACUCGUGGAGGGUGAGGGCACCCAGAAUGGGGAGAGGAAGGCCAACUGGCUGGGCAGCAAGGAGGGACUGCGUUGGAAGGAGGCGAUGCUCACCCACCCGCUGGCGUUCUGCAGGCCAGCGUGCCCACCUCGCUACAGCCCCCUGAUUCCUGAGCACAGUGGUGGCCAUCCCAAGAGUGACCCUGUGGCCUUCCGGCCCUUGCACUGCCCUUUCCUUCUGGAGACCAAGAUCCUGGAGCGAGCUCCCUUCUGGAUGCCCACCUGCUUGCCACCCUACCUAGUGUCCGGCCUGCCCCCAGAGCGUCCAUGUGACUGGCCUCUGGCCCCACACCCCUGGGUGUACUCGGGGGGCCAGCCCAAAGUGCCCUCUGCCUUCAGCUUAGGCAGCAAGGGCUUUUACCACAAGGAUCCGAACAUUCUCAGGCUGGCAAAGGAGCCCUUGGCAGCUGCGGAACCUGGGCUGUUGGGCUUAGCCCCUGGUGGGCAUCUCCAGAGAGCCUGGGAGGCAGAACGCCCUUCACUCCAGCAGAGGGAUGGAGCGACGGGAGCUGGCAGGCAGCAGAAUCUUUGCCCACUCUUCCUGGGGCAUCCAGAUGCCGUUCCCCGGACCCCCUGGGCCACUUGUCCCCCAGGCCUUGUUCACUCUCUUGGCAACGUCUGGGCUGGACCAGGCAGUGGGAGCCUUGGGUGCCAGCUGGGGCCGCCAGCCACACCAAGGUGCCCCUCUCCUGAGCCUCCCACCACCCAGGGUGACUGUUGCUCAUCCCACCUGCCUGCUCGAGAUGGGGGUCUUGGCCCUUGCGGGAAGUGCCAGGAGGGCCUGGAAGGGGGCACCAGCGGGGCCAGUGAACCCAGCGAGGCAGUGCGCAAGGCCUCUGGUCCCAGGUCCUGUCCCCCCAGUCACCACACCAAGCUGAAGAAAACAUGGCUCACGCGACACUCUGAGCAGUUUGGAUGUCCUGGCGGCUGCCCUGGGGAUGAGGAGAGCCCAGCUGUCCGGCUCCGGGCCCUCAAGAGGGCAGGCAGCCCUGAGAUCCAGGGAGCAGUGGGCAGCCCAGCCCCUAAGCGGCCACCUGACCCUUUCCCAGGCACUGCAGGGCAGGGGGCCAGGGGUUGGCAAGAAGUGCUGGACGCAUCUAUAGGGAACAAGGCGGAACCAGGACAGCAUGAUGACCAGAGAGGACCUCAAAAUGGCCAGGCCAGCCUCCAGGACCCCGGGCUUCAGGACAUACCAUGCCUGGCUCUCCCGGCAGGCCUCGCUCAAUGCCAAAGCUGUGCCCAGGCAGCUGGAGAAGGGGGAGGGCUCGCCUGCCACGCCCAGCAAGUUCGGAGAUUGCCUCUGGGAGGGGAGCAGCAGCAGGAGGAAGAUGCAGAGGCCACCGCCAGCUCUGAGGAGGGCCGAGGGUCUGACCCAGACACCCGGAUCAGCUUGGGUCUGGCCAAGCACCUGCUGAGCGGUUUAGGGGACAGACUGUGUCGCCUGCUGCGGAGGGAGCGGGAGGCCCUGUCCUGGGCCCAGCGAGAAGGCCAGGGGCCAGCCGUGACAGAAGACAACCCAGGCAUUCCACGCUGCUGUAGCCGUUGCCACCAUGGACUCUUCAACACCCACUGGCGAUGUCCCCGUUGCAGCCACCGGCUGUGUGUGGCCUGUGGUCGCAUGGCGGGCGCUGGGCAGGCCACGGAGAAAGCAGGCUCUCAGGAGCAGUCCAUGGAGGAAUGUGCCCAGGAGGCUGGGCACACUGCCUGCUCCCUGAUGCUGACCCAGUUUGUUUCUAGCCAGGCUUUGUCGGAGCUGAGCAUGGCAAUGCACCAGGUCUGGGUGAAGUUUGACAUCCGAGGGCACUGCCCCUGCCAAGCUGAUGCCCGGGUGUGGGCCUCCGGAGAUGAGGGCCAGCAGAAAGAACCAAUAGAGAAAACUCCAACUCCACAACCUUCCUGUAAUGGGGACACCAGCAGAACCAAGGACAUCAAAGAGGAGACCCCGGACUCUACUGAGACCCCAGCAGAAGACCGUGCCAGCCGAGGGCCCCUGCCUUGUCCCUCUCUCUGCGAACUGCUGGCCUCCACUGCGGUCAAACUCUGCUUGGGCCAUGAGCGGAUACACAUGGCCUUUGCCCCUGUCACCCCGGCCCUGCCUAGUGACGACCGCAUCACCAACAUCCUGGACAGCAUCAUUGCACAGGUAGUGGAACGGAAGAUCCAGGAGAAAGCCCUGGGGCCGGGGCUGCGUGCGGGCCCCGGCCUCCGAAAGGGCCUGGGCCUGCCACUGUCACCGAUGAGGCCCCGGCUGCCAACUCCUGGGGCUUUGCUGUGGCUGCAGGAACCCAGGCCUCGGCAUGGCUUCCAUCUCUUCCAGGAGCACUGGAGACAGGGCCAGCCCGUGCUGGUGUCAGGGAUUCAGAGGACCUUGCAAGGCAGCCUGUGGGGGAUGGAAGCUCUUGGGGAGCUUGGAGGACAGGUGCAGGCACUGACUCCCCUCGGGCCUCCUCAGCCCACAAGCCUGGGCAGCACGACAUUCUGGGAGGGAUUCUCCCGGCCUGAGAUCCGCCCAAAGUCAGAUGAGGGCUCGGUCCUCCUGCUGUACCGGGCUCUGGGGGACGAGGACAUUAGCAGGGUGGCGAACCUGGCUGCCAGCCUGCCACUCCCAGAAUACUGCGGCCAGCACGGGAAACUCAACCUGGCUUCCUACCUCCCACCGGGCCCUACCCUACAUCCACUGGAACCCCAGCUCUGGGCAGCCUAUGGUGUGAGCCCACAACGUGGACACCAGGGGACCAAGAACCUCUCUGUGGAGGUGACUGACCUGGUCAGUGUCCUGGUACAUGCCGAGGCACCCCUGCCUGCCUGGAACCGGGCUCAGAAAGACUUCCUUUCAGGCCUGGAUGGGGAGGGGCUCUGGUCUCCGGGCAGCCAGGUCAGCACUGUGUGGCACGUGUUCCGGGCACAGGACGCCCAGCGCAUCCGCCGCUUUCUCCAGAUGGUGUGCCCGGCUGGAGCAGGCACCCUGGAGCCCGGUGCCCCUGGCAGCUGCUACCUGGACACAGGGCUGCGGCGGCGUCUGCGGGAAGAGUGGGGAGUGAGCUGCUGGACCCUGCUCCAGGCACCUGGAGAGGCUGUGCUGGUACCGGCGGGGGCUCCCCACCAGGUGCAGGGCCUGGUAAGCACAGUCAGUGUCACUCAGCACUUCCUGUCCCCCGAGACCUCUGCCCUCUCUGCUCAGCUCUGCCACCAGGGACCCAGCCUGCCUCCUGAUCGCCGCCUGCUUUAUGCCCAGAUGGACUGGGCUGUGUUCCAAGCAGUGAAGGUGGCUGUGGGGGCAUUACAGGAGGCCAAAUAGGGGGGGUCUCAGGUGUCUGGGGUAGGGGUGGGGACUUGGCCCAGGUGCAACUUCAGCAGGGCUUGCUGCUGGGAGACUUGGGGACUCUUUUUGUUAACCCCACAAGCACUGCUCCGGGCACAAGCAGGGCACUCCAUUCUCCACCCCUGCCCUGGGCCCUGAAGCUAACAACCACAGUGCCACCGGAGCUCACACCUGCCCCUUGCAGGCUGGCCUCUGCCCCACCCAUGCCCCUCUCCAUGGUACCAGACUGUGGGUGACCGACUUCCUCCAACCCUCACCCCCUGACCCAGGAGAGAAACAGCCCUUCCUUGGGGUACCUCGGGAGUCAUUCUGGCUUAAGCAACACCUCCUUCUGCUGCCUCACCCCCUACUGUCCCACCUGUGCCCCGGCUCUGCUUAUACCACUGUGUCCUCGCUGGGUUCACUGCAGGCAUGCUGGACAAGACGUCACCCAGAGUCUACCCUGUUGCCAGAGGGGCUGGGAAGUGCAGGGAGCAGGUGGCGUCCGGGGCUGCCCAGGCUUGGCUGGAGGGAACAGCGUAGGCGAUGCCACCCUGCCCCUACUUCAUCCACCCGCCUCCCUCCUUUGUGAUUUUCAUUAAAGUCUGUUGUUUUGUGA